AUGUCGUACGCAGCAGUGGCCCAGCAGGGCCUCAAAGCCGUCGAGGAAAGCGACUGGAACACGGCCGUCGAGAAGCUGUCCGAGGCCCUCAGGAGCUCCCAGAACCCCGCCUGGCUGAUCGCCCGCUCCAAGGCGCUGGCCGGCCUGGGCCGCCCCGAGGCGAGCCUGGAGGACGCCGACCUGGCGUGGCACAUGGCCGUCAAGCGCAGCAGGAGGGAGCUCAUGGCCAGCGCCCAGUACCGCCGCGGCGUGGCCUACUUCCAGCUGAAGCAGUACGCCAACGCCGACUACUGCCUGCUGCACUGCAUGCGGCUCACUAAGGGUGGGCUGGCGGUGCCCAAGGAGGACCCGUGCCUGCAGUACGUGGACGGCAACGGGUUCUGGACCAGGAGCGCGGACGACGCCCUCAGGGCUGCGCAGCAGGAAGAGGCGGGCAAGAAGAAGCUCAACGAUCUCGGGGCGCUGUCGGGGUCGGACGACAAGGAUCCCCUGCGGGCGCAGAUGAGGGAGUGGCGGAUGGCGAGCACCAUUGCGAUCCAGGCCCUCAAGGCGAUGGAGAAGCUGCCGGCGGACGACCCCGCGAGGAAGCUGACGACGACGCUGAUUCCGGAGCAAAAAGACCUCGUCAACCACGCCUCUGGAAAGGCCAGUACUGGAGAGUCUGCCUCGACAAACGCCGCUCCAGCAAAGGUGGCUGCUGCGGCGGCGGCUCCUCCUGCGGUGCCCAAGGCUGCUGAUCCCAACGAGCCGCCGUUUCGCAUGCAGGACUUCCAGAGCGACAGGAACAUCUCGGUGUCCAUCUUCUCCAAGGGCGUCGACAAGGAGAAGCUGCGAGUGCAGUUUUCCGAAACCUCGGUCCAUCUGGAUCCCCUGGUGUACUCCAGCGGCGAGCAGAAAGAGUUUCACCUUGAUCUGUGGGGAGAGAUUGAUCCCUCCAACUCUAAGUACAUCGUCACACCGAACAAGGUCGAGCUGAGCCUGGCGAAGAAGACGCUUGGCAGAUGGCCGGCUGUCCAGGGCGAUGGAGCUCCCAAGAAGGCUCCACUGCCCAAGCCUGAAGUAGCUGCGGCAAGCUCUGAGAAGCCGAGUGCUGCCAAGGCCGUGGACGCGAAGCCGACAGUCUACCCCACGUCUUCCAAGACUGGACCGAAGAACUGGGAUGCAGUGGGCGCCGAGGAGAAUUCGGAUGACGAAAAGGAUGUCAACGCCUUCUUCAAGAAGCUGUACAAGGGCGCCACCCCCGAGCAGCAGCGGGCCAUGAUGAAGAGCUUCACGGAGAGCAACGGAACGUCGCUGAGCACCAACUGGGACGACGUCAAGGACAAGACGGUGGCGACUGUGCCGCCGGACGGAGUCGAGGCGAAGAAGUGGGAUUAG